UGCAUCUGGCUGACCCCCAAAAAAAUAAAAAAAAUGUUCAAGCUCGGCCUUCAGAAUCGAGAAAAGCACCUCAGAAAGUCACCGUUUUUGAUUCCCAAUUGUGUGGGCGUCACGCUUCUGAUUUUUGUAUAUUUCCGUGGUUUCUCUGAUUGCCAGAUUGUUUGUUUAUUAAUCAGCUGUCGCAGAGUACCGUUCACUCGUGCGCAAUUGUGUGAUUGUGUGUGUGCGUAACCCUCAAUUGCAACGCCUAAUUUGGAGUCGCUACUUUUCGAGUUUCCGAGGCCGACGCACUCGACUCGCCCGAUAUGGGUGCAGAACAUGUGGAUAUAGCUAGCCGGCGACCCGGCGACUCUCUUUGUGACUCCGCGAACAGCGGCUAUUGUUGUCAAUAUUUAUAGAUCGCGGUCGAAUUGGCAACGUUACCUUUGUUCAUGUGUAUGCCACAGUGGCGGUCAAGUUGAUAGCCCAUCUUUGUUCAGCCUCUCAGUACAGUGAACUGUUUACAUCCCAUUACUUUGAGUUAAGGUUUUUGUUUAAAGAUUACAUUUUUGACUUACCCCAAAUGUAACCGACAAAUUUCUCACUACAAAUUAUUUAUAUUACGUUGGUUUAUGUGUGUAACACUCUUGAAUCUUCAAAAAAAAAUUCCAAACAAAAUAUAUUAUUUAUAAAAACAGAUUAUUCAUUACACAGAUUACACUUUACACAGAUAAUAUAUUUUCUAUGAUUAAACUAUUUAAAUGCAAUAGACUCUUUAAAGUAACAGAAUUUUUGGCACAAUAUAAAAAAAGAAAAGUAAAUUAAUUUUAAAAUACAAAUUUUUAGAUCUUAAGUCAAAAAGAUGUAAUGCCAAUUUUAUUUUAAAACUUUUAAUAAUUUUAGUAGUCAUAUAGGGCUUUCAAUCGUUUAUUAUAUGCCAAUCAAUUUUAUAUCUUAUAUUGAUUCAGUAAACUUUUGGAUAACUACCAUUUUCAAGUUCAUCUGUUUUCACAAAUACUUAUUUAUCAAGAAGAUUUGAAGAUGUUCAAAAAUUGAUGUGCUAUUUUUUUUAACGCGUCUGUAUCUCGGAACUGCGGUACGUUCCUCCGUGUAAACAUUGCUGCGGCUGCUUCUAUUGCUGCCGCUCUUUAGACCCGAUCGUUGGUUUAUUAAUAGACCCCCGGCUGAGCGUUAGACGCCGGAUCUCUGGUCGCAGAUCGCUCUUCAUGCCCCGGCAGGCAGUCUCUGCUCGGCGUUCUAGCAACCAGGAACGAUCUGCGACCUGCGCUGCGGGCAAUGCAUCCCCGUUGCCAUGAGGCCCAUCUAUCAGCAGGAGCAGCCGCAGCCGCUCUUCUAUCAGCGGCCAGCUAAUCUUCGACGCCUACGUCAUCCGCCGGGCACCGUCUACGGUCGCAGUUAUUCGCUCGAGGAUCAGCCGGAGGAUAUUAUCCCCGUCUAUCCAAAGUUUAUUUACGCCCCACAAGCACAGCAACGGGCUCAAUAUCCAUUGUAUCACCUGGGCGAUUCACUGAGCUCGCUGGACAGCGAUUUCCCCGACAAUGAGUACAGUGGGACUUACAUAGUGGAGCAGCAGGUUCCGCUGGCCACCGCUCCCACUCCCAAAGUGGUACAGAAUCUCAAUGCCCUGGGCCGAAUGCUGGAGCUCCUGCAGCGCUGUCCUCUCCCGUGUCUCUCCUUUAAUACGGCCUGCAUCUGUUCGCUGAUUGUCAUAUUCCUAGCGCCGCGCACUUGUGCCCAGAGUUUACUGUUUCCCGCUUUCAGAUUGUUCUGCGGCACCCUUUACCCGGCCUAUGCCUCCUACAAGGCCGUCAGGACCAAGGAUGUAAAGGAAUAUGUAAAAUGGAUGAUGUACUGGAUUGUCUUUGCAUUUUUCACCUGCAUUGAAACAUUCACGGACAUUUUUAUCUCCUGGCUGCCGUUCUACUACGAGGUGAAGGUGGCCCUGGUCUUCUGGCUUCUCUCGCCGGCCACAAAGGGCAGUUCAACACUGUAUCGGAAAUUCGUGCAUCCGAUGUUGACACGCCACGAACAGGAGAUCGAUGAGUAUGUGAAUCAGGCCAAAGAGCGUGGCUAUUCGGCGGUCCUACAGCUGGGCUCGAAGGGAGUUAACUACGCCACCAAUGUCCUCAUGCAGACGGCCAUUAAGGGCGGUGGCAAUCUGGUGCAGACGAUCAAGCGGAGCUACAGCCUCAGCGAUCUGAGCGAACCGGAUAUGCAUCGCACGCAGGACGAGCUGGACGACGUGAUGAUGUCCUCGAUGGCUUCGUCGGCAGUGGUCAUGCGUUCACCGCCCACGGGUGCUCGUCUCCUAAGGCCAAGAAAUCAGACGCCUGUGGGCCGAUCUGGAAGCGGAACACGCCACUCCACGGGCAUGUAUUUUACGGAGGUGGAUGUGACCGCCAAAAAUGCAGGCGAUUUCAACUACAACAUUCGCAGCCAGGAUGACAUCAGCUCCGGCUAUUCAAGUGCCGAACCAGUGAGCGGUCUUAGUCGCACCUCCUCCAUGACGAAUGCUUCCAAGGGUCGGGUCAAGUCCAAACGCAAUGAGCAGUUCCUGGAAGAGAUGAGGGACGAAGUCUACUUAGAAAACCAGCUUUACUUUCAAGGUGUGCGAGGGGAGAAAUCGGUUCCAGUGGCCCAAGAACUAAAGAUUGUGGAGAGUUUUGAAAGAAUCCCAAUUCAGGAUGAGGAAAAUGUAGUGAGGGAGGAGAUAACGGAUUAUGCAGAAGACGAUGACUUUUAUGAGGCGUUGCCUUUAAUAGAAGAGGACAUAAAUGAAGUGGAAAUUGUAGAGGGAAAGCAGGAAGAGUUAUCUUCUCAAUAUCCAAAGGAAAAUUCUAUAACAGAGGAAGAGUUUAAAGAUGCAUUAUAUGAAGAACCAAAGAAAAUAUUUUCGGACGAAGUGGAUGCCAAACGAAAUAACGAUUCCUUCGAGGAGGUACAUAAGAAUAAUUCACAAAAUCAGAGUAUGAUUGAAUCGGUUGAAACUUAUGCACCUGCACCUCCCCAAUGCAAGCCAUUUGUAUCACCACCAAUAGACCCCUUUGUGUUGGUCUUAAGCACUUCUGCAUCCGCACCAGAUCCUUUUCUACCCGAACGACCACGACCAAUGUCGCCUCGAGAAAUGCGGGCCACCCUGGAGGAGAUUAAGCAUAGUUUCCGUGCCCAGCUGGAACCAGAGUCCUCCUCAUCGGCCUCACCAUCGCCGUCCUUGCGGCCAAGGGCAAACCAUGGCAAGGGCCGUGCUCCACCUCCGCCCCUUCCACCGAAGAGGCACUCAUUGAGUCCCCAACCGGACACCAUUAGCCAGACAUCGACGGGCAGCGUGGAACGAAAGUCAGGUAUCGGCCAACUGUUCAAGCAUAUCAAAGCUAAUGUGCUGCGUAACAAAGCUAAUCCCAGCCAGCGGCCGGAGGAUGAGCAGCUGGCGGCCAGAGAGACGCAGAUUUGAAGACAAAUUCAUGUCUGCUAGUUGCACCACUUUACCCCGCUCGAGCAGCCGGAAAUCGGACAGAUCCCAGGUGGGUGGAACUGCCACUGGUCAGGCCAAAACGCGCAACAAGUCGG